AUGGACUCUUGGCAAUCCCCGCUUUCGAGCCGCUAUGCAAGCAAGGAAAUGUCGAAUCUAUUUUCCAAUGCUACUCGAUUUGGCACAUGGCGUCAGCUCUGGCUCAAUUUAGCCAUCGCUGAGAAAGAGCUAGGGCUUCCUAUCCCUGAUGAGGCAAUUGAGCAGAUGCGUGCGAACCUGACUCUCGAUGAAGCGCAAAUGAAAGUUGCUGCUGAGGAAGAAAAGCGCCGUCGUCAUGAUGUCAUGGCGCAUGUCCACACGUUUGGCACCGUUGCGCCUGCGGCUGCUGCCUUCAUUCACCUGGGCGCUACGUCGUGCUAUGUCACAGACAAUGCUGACCUUAUUUUCCUUCGUAAGGGCCUUGAUCUACUUCUGCCGAAGCUGGCCCUGGUUAUUCACCGUUUGGCGACAUUUGCGGAGAAGUACCGUGAUCUGCCUACACUCGGCUUCACGCAUAUGCAGCCUGCGCAGCUUACAACAGUCGGCAAGCGAGCUACGCUGUGGAUCCAGGAGUUCCUCUGGGACCUCCGCAACAUCAAGCGCGCCCGUGACGACCUUGGCUUCCGGGGCGUGAAAGGCACAACUGGCACGCAGGCCAGUUUCCUGCAACUGUUCGACGGCGACCACGACAAGGUGGAGGCGCUGGAUGAGCGGGUGACCGAGCUGUUUGGCUUUCCAUACGCUAUGCCCGUGACGGGCCAGACUUACUCGCGCAAAGUGGAUAUUGACGUGCUAUCGACGUUGUCUUCGUUCUCUGCCUCGGCUCUGAAGAUGGCUACAGACAUCCGCCUCCUAUGCCACCUCAAGGAGAUUGAAGAGCCUUUUGAGAAGGACCAGAUCGGCUCGAGUGCUAUGGCUUACAAGCGUAACCCCAUGCGGUCGGAGCGCGUAUGUGCGCUAUCGCGCUGGUUGGGCAACACACUCAACAACGCUCGUGAGACGGCUGGUGGCCAGUGGAUGGAGCGCACGCUGGAUGACAGUGCCAACCGACGCCUCUCAAUCCCUGAGGCCUUCCUGACCGCGGACGUAAUCCUCACGCUUUUGCAGAACAUCAGCGAGGGCCUGGUGGUCUACCCAGCAAUCAUCGCUCGCCAUAUUUCUGCUGAGCUGCCAUUCAUGGCGACAGAGAACAUCAUCAUGGCCAUGGUACGCAGCGGCGGCGAUCGCCAGGAGUGCCACGAAAAGAUUCGUGUUCUGUCGCACCAGGCAGCGCGUGUGGUGAAGGAAGAGGGUGGCGAGAACGACCUCAUUGAGCGCGUGCGUAAGGACCCGUACUUCGCCCCCAUUACUGGCCGCCUAGACGAGCUUCUGGACCCUGCCAGCUUCACAGGCCGUGCCCCGCAGCAAGUGGACAGCUUCCUUGUCAAGUGGGUUCGCCCUGCUCUAGAGCCGUACGCGGCCUCCUUUGCCAGCGCGGGCAAGGCAGAACUUUCUGUCUAA